AUGCAUGCAUAUCAAAAUAAACAAUCAUAUCUUCAAGAUGAAGAAAAAAAAAUUGAAGGUAAACAACCACAUUUUGAACGUAAACAACCAGUUUAUCCAGGUUGGCAACCAAUUUAUUCAGGUGGACUACCAAUGUAUCCAGGUGGACAAACAUUUUAUUCAGGUGGACAACCAAUUUAUCCGGGUGGACAACCAAUUUAUCCAGGUGGACAAUCAUUUUAUCCAGGUGGACAAUUAUUUUAUCCGGGUGGACAACCAAUUUAUCCAGGUGGACAACCAUUUUAUUCAGGUGGGCAACCAAUUUAUCCAGGUGGACAACCAAUUUAUCCAGGUGGACAAUCAUUUUAUCAAGGUGGACAAUCAUUUUAUCAAGGUGGACAACCAUUUUAUCCAGGUGAACGACGAUCUUUUCAAGGUGGACAACAAUAUUUUGAACGUAAACAACAGAUUGAUCCAGAUGAACAAAAAACUUCUAAUGAUAAUCGAAAUAUGGAGUCUGUCAUAGGAAGGCUAGAUGAAUUAGAAUGUGAUAUUAAUAAGUCAUUCGAAUUAUUGAAUGCUUUAGACCAACAAUUAGGUAAACAAAAUAAAAACGUUUAA